AUGAGAGAUAAUGGUAUGAUGCUUCUCGAGGAUGAGGAAGGUGAAGACACUAGAUUUAACCAGGGAGGAAAGUCAGAUUCAAAAAAUUUUAAUAAAGGAAACAAGAUAGAAGAGAAAAUUAAGUUCAACCUCUUUAAUAUUUUCUUCUCCCUACUGAAAGGACUUAACAUGAAUCCCUGGAAAAUAUACACUUUAGUAGCUAUUGAAUUCAUAUAAUUUCUUUCUUUUCCUUUUCAUCCAACUUUGGUUUAAUAAUGGAAAGAUUAUGAUGUUAUGGACUAUGUAACAAAGGGAUUCUAAGUAUUCAGCAUAAAGCACUGGAUAAGAGAAGCAGAAAUAAGCUAUGACGAUUACUUGAUAGCAUUUUACAUCAUGAUAGUCUUUGUCUUUCUUAUUAUUAUCGACUUUAUUUAUGUAUCCUUUGCUGUCAACAACCAAAAACACUCAUUAUUUAUUUAUUUAGAACUACUACUCAGCAUUUUAUCAUGUGAGACGAAAUCUUAAGAGUAUUUGUCCACUUUACAUAUGGAUAUGCAAUUUGACCCAGCAGGGCCAGAUUUAUUAGUUAUGACAAUGUACAACAACAUUUAAUGCUUCACUUCAACGCAUGCCCUGCAUGCUACACUAUCCAUCUUGGUGUCAGUAAUACUCAUCUCAAUCACUCUAAUGAUCGUGUUUUUAUUGUUUGAAAGCAGAAAGCUCAAUUCAAGAGUUGACUUCUUUAUGAUUCUUUUGAAAAUGUUUUUAGUCAUUGUAUUUGCAUUUUUGCAGGAUGAGUCAUUCAAUGGAUUUAAAAUUUUAAUACUGGCUAUGUCUGUUCUCUAUGGUAUAUUUGCUUGGACAAACUAUAUGAUACUUUUGGGAGCAAUUUUAUCCAAAGCAAAUUUCGACAUGCUCUUAGUCAUUUAUCUUUUGGGAAUCCCUAUCGUUAUAGCCUUAAUUCUUACCCUUGAGAAUUAAAAUACAAAGCUUUUAUUAGCACCUUUAUUCAAGUUUUAAAAAGGUGAGGAUGCACUUUCACAGUUCAACCAGCUAAUCUUUCUGAUUGAAACAAAAGAUUCCAUCAGAGAGAGUGCUAUUUUGAUAAAGGGAUUUGUAAAUUAUCAUGAAAUGACUUGCGCUGAUGAGGAGUGUUCCCUAAAAUAAUACCAGAAGAAUGUUCUAAAGAGUCAAAAUUAAGGAAAUAGAUUGAAUCAACAUUCUAAGAUAAAAAUUAAUGGUUAAAAUGGUUAAGCUAAUGGAGCUUCUUCAUCUUAGAAACUUAUAUAAAAUGAAUCUAAUAGUUUACUUUUGAAUUUUACUAAAAAGCUACUUGAAAAAUCAAUCAAGAGAUUUCCUUAAUGUACAAUAUUAAAGAUCACUUAUUCGAAUUUCUUACUGGAUCAUAUGGGUGAUUCACUAAUGGAGAGUGGAAAAGAGAGCGGUGGAUUUGAAUAUGUUUCAGCAGUAAAUUUUGAGUAAAAUUACAGGAAGUGCAAAAACAAUAUUGAAAAGACAGCUUUAUUACACUAUGAACUUUGGAAUCACUUACUAGAAGAUUCACCUGAUCUAGGUAGACUUAGUGAUCUAGGGUUUAGAAUUGAUUACCAAUUAAAAUAAGUUGAGAUUCAUUGGAACUAAAUGUAAAUGAUUUACCCUAAUACUCCUAAAGCUCUCAAACUCUAUGCAUAAUUCUUAAUUGAUGUACUAAAUGAUAAAGAAGGUGGUAAUGAACUAUUAUUAAAAGCAAAGGAGAGUUCUUAAAUCAAAGCUAACUUUGACAUUGGAGGAAAUGCCGAAGAUAUGAUAGUAGGCGGAAUGGGUCUAAACUAAUAAGAUGGAUCUCCACUGAUUUAUAUAAGUGGGGAAAAUGAUAGAUUAGGUCUUAUUUCAAACCUUAAUUUAUCAGCAUGCAGAGUUUUCGGCUACCUCAGAAAAGAAGAGCUAAUGAAUAAAAAUAUAAAAGUACUUUAGCCAGGCAUCUAUCAAUUUUAUCACGAUGAAUUUAUUAGGUCAGCUUUGUUAAAAUCCUCGGAAUAGAUGACGAAUAAAGAGAGAAGUGUAUAUGGCAAACAUAUAUCUGGCUAUAUAUUUCCAUUAAGUUUAUAGAUAAAAUUCUUCUAGAGUUUUCUUCAUGGCAAAUAAUUUGUUGCAACUUUGAAAAGUGAGAAGAAAGGUAUAAAUGCUAGUGUCUCCUACGUUCUAGUUGAUAAGAAUGGAAUAGUACUUGAUGUUACCUCAAGUGCCAUUUAAUUACUUAACAUCGAUAAAUAAAAGAUGCUUAAAAAAAGAAUUAAAUAUGAUCUGACUCUAUUGAUACCCUCUUUAUUUAAUGGAGACUAGCAAAGAUUUUUUGGCAAAUAGGGUGAUAAGGUAGAAUUUUCCUACCCAGAAAUAAUUGAAAAUCAAGAAAAAAUAAAGCAAAAUGAGCAGAACAACGUAGCAGAGGAGAAUAAGAGUGAUCACAGUUUUACUUCAAUUGAAGAUGAUGGAGAAGCCUCUUAGAAUGGAUUAAAUUUCAAUAAGAGUUAGCAUGCUUUUAACAACGAGGAGAGUGACAAAGAUAACAACAAAAAUCAAAACUCUGGCAUGGAAAUGUUUGAUGAACAAAACAUUGAACUAAAUGUUAAAGCCUCUGAAAAGAAAGCAUAAUUUCACUGCAAUAUGUUUCCUAUUUAAUUCUAAUGUAUAAAUGGAGGUGAAACUUAGGGCUACUCUGUAAGACUUGAACUAAUCAAUGAGGAAAAUAAAGAUAGCAUCAGCGAUGCUUUUAAUUAAAUAGGAGGAAGAAGUAAAGUAAAGGAUAAACUGAAAAAAUAUGUGAAGAUGACAGAGUUUUAAUUUAGUUUUAACCCAAUCUAUAAGAAAUUUGUUAGAGAACUCAGAGAUGAAGAAAAUAAGGAUGCCUACUUGGAUAAAGCAUUGAGACAUGUUUAAAAGGAAAAUGAGAGAAGAGGAGAUGACAAGAAUAAAUUGACAGUAAUGAGUUACCUUAAUCAAAUGAAAGUAAAACUAGAAAAAAUUGAAGAAAGUAAAAAUGCUGCCAAUCUUGGAGAAGAUUUCAUUAAAGAAGUGGAUGAAUAUUCAUCUGAGUCAGAUGAAGAAUAUGGAGGUAGAAGAAGAAAACAUGAAAAAUCCAGCACAAUAAAGAGUUAUGAAACAAAUGAUGAAUCUAAGAAAGUAGAGACUGAAGGACUCACAUAAGAGUAAUAGAAAAAUAUGCAAAAAAGGAUCAAUCAACUCAUAGGUUAAAAAGGCAUUCAAAAUAAUGAGAGUGCAGAUAAACUUAUAGAGAAAAUUUAAGAAAUUACUGAUAUACUAAAGCAUAAAGCUAAAUGUGCAGAAGACAUUUAAACUUAUAGAGUGUUUGAAGGGGAAGUAUCUCUAGUUGAGGAAAUAUCAGGCAAUUUUCUGAUUAACAAAUCAGCAGAGACUACACAAGCGGAGACAGAGGAAGUGGAAGACGAUGAAAAGAAGAGUGAUAAGAUCGAUGAUAUCUUUAAAAAUUCUCUCAAGUCAAGAAAAGCAUUCUAAUCCCAGUUAAAUGAUAAAAGUAUGGUUCCAGCUGUUAAGAAUAUUCAAUACUCUGCCAAUUUUAUAUUGAUAUCACUACUUGUACUAACUAUCAUCGAAUAUUUGGCAGUUAGAGAUCAAUUCACCUAAAUUAAGUUGAAUUUCUAAGCUAUCUAAAAAACAUUUAUGAUGAUUUCAGAACUCUAAAGAUCUUCAUAUCAUGUAAGGGGUCUGGAGUUGUACAGUCAAAGUAUCCUCAAUCUCACAAAUUAAGAUUUGAAUUUGUCAAAAAGUGAUAUGAAGGAGUCAUUAAACAAAAUUUAUACACUAUAAAGCCAGAUUAAUCUCUAAAAAUUAUCUUUAAGCAAUGAACAUAGUACUCUUCUUGAUGGUAAAGUGGUAUAAAUGUAUUUUAAGCAAUAAGACAAUAUCGCUGAUAUCAAGGCAUUGAAUUUUUCAUUAACAGAAGGUCUUCUCUAAAUAUCAUCCUCAUUAUUUACUCUAACUAAUAUGGAUAAUAAGAGCUUCAAUGAUACCUAAGACGAUGUCUUUUACUUUAUGUAUAAUAACUUUAUGGACAUGCUUGAUGCUAUUUGGAAAUCAGUAAGACUCUAUGUCAUAGAGCUGAGAGAUAGAACAGAAAAUUAAGAAAUUAAUAGAGUAGUUUUUUAUACUAGCAUUGGUGUAGUAAUCAUUGCAAUAUUUUCCUUAAUACCAGUUGUACAUUUGGUAAACCUUAAAAAGAAGAAAUUUCUUGAGAUCUUUUUAGAAAUGGAUAAUAACAAUAUCAGAAAACUUGCAAAUAAAUGCGAAAAGUUUAUGAAUAUAUUAUAAGAUGAAGGGAAUGAUGAAAUGGACUCGAACGACGAAGAGUUAGAGGAGAUCGCAAGGCAAGAUUAAGAAGAUGAAUACUAAAUGUCCAAGAGAAGUAAAAAGAAGAAGGCUAAGAAUACAAUAAAAAACAACAAAGCAUUUAUAAUUAAGUUCAUUAUAGGAAUGAUGCUGAUCGAGAUCUAUUUCUUUGCUAACUUCUUUACUCAAAAUGCUUCUAUGAGUGCAUUUAAUGUAUAAUGCUCAGAGAUGAACAUGACUGGUUACAUAGAACCUCACUAUUGGUUUAGUUUGAAUGCACAAAGGGAGCUAUUUAAUGAUAAAAGCAGGCCAAUAGUAAACAGAAAUGCAUUUGAAGUUUCAAGAGAAGCUCUAUCCUAAGUAUAAAUCAUGAACUCUGUAAUGCAGCAGGAACAUCUUUAGAAUAGAGGUUCUACAGAUGAUGAAUACGACAAAGAAUUUCAAAACUCUAUGCUGAAUGAUGUUUGUCCAUCAUUUUUAGUUUCAGCUCAAUACAACUUUUAGAAUAUUACUGGAUAGUAGUGCGAUAAAUUCAUAUCUGGCUCAACAACUUAAGGACUACAUACAGUAAUUGUUAGAUAUGAAGAGGGAUUAAGAAGAACAUUAUCAAGUUACCAAAAAUCAAAUAAGACAGCUAAUAACGUCAAGACUAUUAUAAAUUCAAAAGAUCUUAGAGAUGUGUUUUAUGUUUAAAGACUCAUUAUCAGCCAAAAAAUGCAAGACAUAGUUUAAGUUCUUCAAGAUUCAAUUCAAACUAGAAUCAACAGCGAUUUGGAACUUAGACUUGCAUUCUUCUGCCUCUUCAUCAUUUUUCUUUUGAUGUUCUUUGUUUUAAUGUGGCUACCAUUCCUGAGUUAGCUUUCAAAUGAGGUUCAUCAAACAAAAAAGAUUCUUCUUGUCAUCCCAUUAGAAUUGCUUAUUAAUAUGAAGAAUCUGGCAACUCUAUUCAAUAAUUAGAAUAACUAGAAAAAUAAGGAGAAGAAGAAUAUUGGGUGA